AUGUCUUACGCACAAGCAGCAGCUUCAGGUCCACAACAGACUGAUGAGGAGAAACGUGCUCCUGCCCCACCAUCUGUCAUCCCCACCGAAAGUGCCUCCACCUCCUCCUUAAUUGACGUCGACACCGAUUCCGUGCACACUGUUCCUUCAGACUUCCAAUCACAACCAGUCCAAACCGAGACACAAGCCAAUCGUCUUGAGCAAGAAGCUGAACAAAUCGAGGCUAAGCUUCGCGCUGCAAAGGAUGCCGCUUCCAAGAAAUCAAAGAAGGGCAAGAGCCGUGUUCAAGAGAACAGUGAUAACCCAGUCGUGAUUGGAAAUGCGAUCGCCGUCGCAGCAUUGAGCACUGGAUUGGGAUUCGGAGCAUAUUCAAAAUACGCAAAGGGAGAGUUGACAUGGAAGGUCGUGGGUGCGUGGGCUGGUGUUGUGGGUGCUUUGGCUGUAGGAGAUUAUUACUUGAGCUCGUACCUUUUCAAGACCAAGUAUCCAGCCAAGAAGUAA